UUAUCAUUUAACUUGAUAACGUUAAAAAUAAUCUUUUUUUUUUGAUAACAAUAUUGUCAAACAUAAACACGUGCAAAUUUUUAGUAAAUUCCUUCAUAUGCGUUAUUUUAAUAAAUAUGGAUCACAAUGAAAUUGAGUGAUUUGUAAAGAGUACGGGACUUCAAACUAAUUUUAAUCAAUAAAAUAUUGUAAUUAAAAGAUAGUAAUAAUAUGAUGGAUAGUCAAAGUAAAAAUAAAUGUCAUUUGAAACGAGCAUGGCAAGAUGAAGAUGAUGAAGCCGACUCUAUAAAAGAGCAAAAUAAAAUUUUACGUCAAAAGUACAUCAGUAUUGUUGGAAAACCAAAAUGGGCUAAAAUAGAAAAACAGUCUAAAAAUGAUACAGAUAGUGCUGAUGACAUUCUUAAAUACAGUGGUAAUUUGGCACGAUCUAAAAAAGGUGUUAACCUAGCCAAGGGUUUAAUCAGUUUGAAAAAAGUACGUAAUUUAAAUCUAACAACAUCAUCUUGUGGCAAAAUUCUAAAAUCUUUAGAGUUCCAUCCAACUAGUAACUUGGCUUUAAUUGCUGGUAUAUCAGGUCGGGCAUCUGUUGUACAAGUAGAUGGAUUUAAAAAUGAAAAAUUACAAUCUGUUAAAUUCCAAAAAUUUCCUAUUGAUUGUGCACAUUUUACUACAGAUGGUUACCAAUUUGUAGUGGGAUCAAGAUCACAACGUAAUUUUUAUUGUUAUGAUUUAAUGGAAGGAAGAUCAAUGUUUAUUCCAGUUCAUCAUACUAUUGGAGUGACUAAAAUGGAUAAUUUUUGUAUGUCACCAGAUGGUAAAAUAAUUGCCUCUUGUGGAAAUUUUGGAGACAUUCAUUUAUUUACUUCUUCAAGUAAAGAAUGGAUAACAACUUUAAAGAUGAAUGGUGAAGUAAAUGCUUUGACAUUUACUUCUGAUGGAAAACGCAUGUAUUCUUUUGGAGAUUUAGGAGAAAUUUAUGAAUGGGAUAUGAUAAAUCGGUUAUGUGUUAAGAAAUUUAUGGAUGAUGGCUGUCUUCAAGGUACUACUUUAGCACUAUCAAAUGAUAACCAAUAUUUAGCUGCAGGCUCAUCAUCAGGUGUCGUAAAUUUGUAUAAAUUGCCAUGUGAUGUAAAACCUAAACCUGAAAAAACUAUUCUUAACUUGGUAACUGCUGUAACCAAGUUAAAAUUCAAUAAAUAUUCAAAUAUUUUGGCAAUGGUUUCAGAUCACAAAAAUGAUGCUAUAAAAUUGUUGCAUGUACCAUCCAAAACAGUUUUUUCAAAUUUUCCUACUACAAACUCAAAUGUAGGAAAAAUAGCAUCCAUUGAUUUUUCACCAAAUAGUGGUUAUAUUGGUCUAGGAAAUAAUAAAUCUGAAGCUCUUCUUUAUAAAUUAACUCAUUUUGAUAACUAUUAAGGUGAUCAUAUUUAAAGAGUUACAGUUGAUUCAAUAAUAAAAUAAUAUUAUAUAUAUUUAUAAUACAAGAAAAACAUCAAGCAAACUUAUGUAUUAUUAAAACUUAAAUUUGUUGGUUAUCAUGUAAUUCUAAAAUAUUAUACAAAACUGUCAUUAACUGUUUUAAAAUAAAAAAACAAUUAUAUAGU